AAAGCAAAAUAUGGUGCAAGCAUCGAUAUAUUCUCGUUUGGAGUCGUGGCUAUUUUCACACUCUCGCAGACCUUCCCUAGCAGUUUACUGCCUACUGCCUAUCGCGAGCGUGGCCGUUUGCUUGCUAGAACUGAGCUUGAGCGACGAGAGAGGUACACGAGGAUGAUCUACAGUCAGCUACGCGAGAAGCAUCCUCUCCUCCAGAUGAUUGAGGGGUGUCUGGACUUCCCUGAAGACCGGCCGAGCAUUCGCGAGGUGCUGCGUUUGUUGGAGGAGGCCAGAGCUGAAGUGAGAGACGAGCAGACAGACAUGAACAAACUGGAGCUGUUGCAAGCUCUUCAGACACAACCCGGGAACCAGAAUGUUGAGCUAUUGGGACAGCUGAGGAGAGCGGAAACUGAGUUAGCCGAGGCCCAGGGACAACUGAGACAAAAGGAGGAACAACUGCAGUCUGGCGAGAGAGAGAAACAACUAGUCAGACAACAGCUGAUCCUCUCACAAGAAACUGAGACAGAGAGUUAGUUUAGUCUGUGGAACUAUUGUCAUUGUGUCAAGGCCCUCCUGACUGCAGGAGACUGAGUUAGUGCAGGCAAAGGACAGGGAGCUACAAUCGUGUGUGAGAGAGAAGCAGACAGUCAGAGAUGAGCUGACGAGAAAGGAGCGAGAGUUAGCCGAGGUUCAACAGCAACUGAGACAGAAGGAAGAAAAGUUGCGAUCAAGUGAGGCUCUAGUGGCUGACUUCCAGCAGGCCCUCCAGCAGAGAGACUCUGAGAUUAAGAGGACAAAAACCCAGUCGCGUCCCCUAGUAACCUAUUCCAUGCCAUCGUCAGAUAAGAAGCUGAGUGUGCAGUGGGGCCACAAGAAGAGGGCACCAUGUGACAUGUCUAGGGGCUCUGCGACAACCGACGGCCGGUUUGCCUAUUUUACACCGUCUGGUUCUGCCUCGGUCUACCGAUACGAGUGGGAUUCGGAGAAAUGGAGCCAACUUCCUUCGUGUCCUUCUCUUGACUCUGGUUUAGUUAUCAUUGACCGGGAGCUGACUGCCGUGGGGGGAUAUGCUGCAAAUGAUUCCACUUGGCCGAGAAUGGUUUCUACUGACAAACUGCACACACUACGACUGUGGAGAUGGGUUGAAAAACAUCCUCCAAUGAACACUGCACACAUCUCUCCUGCUGUAGUUAGUACACCCGAAUACCUCAUUGUGAUUGGGGGAGGCAGCCAUACGAUCCAUUCAUUUCAACCAUCUGAAUGGAUUUCUACAGUCGAGCUUUACCAUUUGAAGACGCGGAGCUGGCACUAUCUGACAAGUUUGCCACAGCCUCUCACCCUCCCUUCAGCCACGAUAUGCGGUGACCAGUUGAAUGUGAUAGGAGAUUACACCGAGGGCUACACGUGCUCUCUCCAAACCAUACCGCACGGUGGCAAACCGAUCCCAUCGUCUCUCGCCCUCUCCUGGAAACCUCUCCCUCCUCUACCAGUGACGCAGGCUACAGCUGCCACUGUCUGUGGACAGCUUGUCAUCUUUCGAGGCGGCUCUUCAGUCAACUCAAUUCACCAGCUAGUGGACGGACAGUGGGUGGAGAUUAGCUCUAUCGGUUAUAGUAGGUUGGGUUGCUUAGUGGCCAACCGAUCCCCGGAGGAAGUUGUCAUAGUUGGUGGGUGUGGUGUCGUGAAUGGUUUGAUUCAGACUGUAAAUACUGUUGAGAAAUGUAUUAUCACAAAAUAAUUUUUUCACCUGUCAAUCACUUUUGUAACAGGCCUAUCGGUGUAUGAUGAAAAUGAUCUUGUAUUAUAAUUAUAUACCUUGUUGUCUGUAUUUUUUUAUAUUAUGUAAUGAUAAUUACUUAUCU